UUCAAGUGUCUUUUGAAGAUUGGCUGAAACAGAAGAAAAUAUGGCUUCGAAUGCCCUCUCCAUUUGAACCCCAUCAACUAGAAAUAAGACGGAACACACACAGCACUUGUACACACACGUACACACACACUGGCACACACAUACACAUGUGCGUACAGUGAUAUAGUGACAAGCAAACACACAAACACAGAAAUAUACACACAGCGAAGAAGUAAAGUUGGAGCAUCAGCAGGCACCCACUGACUGGCGAGUCCAUCGACAUAAAGCCAGUGUCACACGACAGCAGCAGUUAUAGUGGAUGGAAGAUGAAGAAGAGAGUGGCUGGAUAAACAGCUCCAAUCACAGCAAACAAUAACACAAGUGAACAAUGAAGAAUAACUGGAAAUAUUUACUCAACUUGCCAUCUCCUUAGAGAUAAUGACUUGCCACCAAUACACACACUUUGUCUUCAUUUUACUUCCGGUGCUCUGCCUCUCUGUUGAUAUCAUCUAUCAUGUCAAAGAGGAAAAGAGCUCAAACACAUUUGUAGGGGACAUUGCUAAAGAUGCCCGUUUACACGACAGUGGCCACCAAGACAACCACAGAAUGAUAACAUUCACGCAAAUAGUAGGCCGGCUGACAACUUCACAGUUGUUUAAUGUCACUCAGGGCGGGAAAUUAUUCACGACUCAGCGAUUGGAUGCUGAAUCCCUUUGUACCUACAACUCUGACUGCUUCAGGAUUAUCAAAGUUGUUGUGCAUCGCAUGAAAACCUUUAUGAAAAUUUUGAAAAUUAAAGUAAUAAUAGAAGAUAUUAAUGACCACAAACCUCAGUUUCCCAGUGAAAUGAUUGAUCUGAUGUUUUCAGAAACUGAUGGCAAAGGAACAACAAAAUCAAUCCCAAAUGCCAUCGACAAAGAUGUUGGGGCCCAAAAUUCCCAAAUCAUUUACCGACUGGAGAAAACGAUAGACUUGCCAUUUUCAUUAUCAGUUUCCAAAAGAUUAGAUGGGACUGCUAAACUAGACCUUGUUUUAGUAGGUAAAUUAGAUAGAGAAAGCAAAGAUCUUUACAAUGUAGCAAUCAUAGCCACAGAUGAAGGAUUCCAUCCAAUGCUCAGUAAACUCAAUGUUCAGAUUACUAUAAUGGAUGCCAAUGAUAACCUACCGUCUUUCACACAAAGUAUUUAUAACAUUUCAAUCAGAAAAAUUCAUAAAAACGACAAACCUAUUGUUACUUUAUCUGCCACAGAUCAGGAUUCUGGUAAAAAUGGUCAGAUCACUUACCACUUUAGUUCAAAAACUUAUGACAUUGCUAAAAAUCACUUCCGGCUGAAUUCAACUACAGGAGAGGUGACUUUACACGAGAAAUUCCAUUUUGAUGAUAAAUCAUCUUACAAGAUUUUUGUUGAAGCCACAGAUAAGGGGAGCCCAGCAUUAAGUUCCCUGGCAAUUUUGCAAUUAAACAUUAUCAAUCAGGAAAACAAUCCCCCUUUAAUUGAUGUUGACUUUAUUUUACGAUCUUCAGAGAAUGAAACAACUGUUGCGGAAGAUGCUGAUGCCGGCAGUUUCAUUGCAUAUGUAAUCGUCACUGAUGAUGAUUUUGAUAAUAACGGCAAAGUGACCUGCAAACUUCAACAUGAAAAGUUCAAACUCGUAAAAUUACAAGAAAAUGAAUACAAAAUCAUAGUUCAGAAACGCGUAGAUAGAGAAGUAAAAGAAAAACAUGCAGUUACCAUUACAUGUGAAGAUAAAGGCAUUCCACCUUUAAGGACCCACAAGAAUAUGGUGAUUGCAGUGUUGGACGUCAAUGAUGUAAAACCACAGUUCACAAAAAAAAUAUUUAAUUUUCUAACAUAUGAGAAUGAAAAGCCUAAUUUUCCAAUUGGAUUUAUCAAUGCUUCGGACCCUGAUCUGGGCGAUGGAGGGCGGUUGACAUAUUCUUUGAUCCCAGGAAAAACCAAAUAUAAUUUACCAUUUCACAUAACUGACUAUGGAUUUAUUUCAACUUCCAAAACAUUGGACAGAGAACAACAAAACACUUAUGAAUUCCUUGUUUUUGUUAAAGACAAUGGAAUACCAUCGUUAAACAACACAGCCAAUGUUAUUGUCAAAGUUUUAGAUGAAAAUGACAAUGCACCUUAUUUUACAUUUCCCAGUGUCAAUCCAUUCAGACUUGAUGUCCACUAUCAUCCACAAAGUAAGAAUGACAUCACAGUUCUGAGAGCAUCAGACAGAGAUAGUAAAAAAAAUGCAUUCCUCAAAUAUGAAAUUCUGAGCGGAAAUAAUAAGCAGUUGUUUGCUGUUAAUCCUUACACUGGUGUGUUGACUUUCUCUCGCACAGUUUACCAAAAUGAUGCCGGAUCAUAUGAACUGGAGUUUGCUGUGAAAGACAGCGGUACUCCAGUUCUGUCAGCAACAACUAGUGUGUCUUUGACACUGACUGUUAGUAACAAGACAUCACUAAUGUCAACUGCGGUACAAUCACAAUCAGAUAACACAAUAGAUGUCACGUUUUUAAUUAUAAUUGUUGCUGUAACAGUCAUCGUCUCUGUUGCAAUUGUAAUUGCCAUAACACUGUGCAUUGUGAGAUGUAACAAUGUGAGGAAUGGCUCUGUGAGAAGAACGGAAGAUAAGCAAACGUACCAAUCAAGAAAUGAAAUUGGGCAGCUGAUCUAUCAGACAAACAGUCCAGUUGUUUUGAAAGGAAACCAGGAAGAAAUAAUACAUAGAAAUACUUCAUCAAUGAGAUCCCAGAAUCAGUUUUGUCCAGAAGAAGGAUUAGAAAAAGAGUGGCAAACAACAGCCAUGAUAAGAGCUCUGCCGCCAAACACUCAGUAUAGUCAGCCAGUAAGAGUGACAUCCUACGGUGAACAUGAAGAACAAAACGUUGUUCUUGCACCCAGUUUUCUCAACGAUUCCUUACUGACAGAUAUGGACAGCAGAUGUGACUGGACAGAACGUAACUUGGGCCUCUAUGAGGAAAUACCAAGAUAAUUUCAGAACAAGAGAUGUGAUUUAUUUUGUAAUUAACACCUUCCCUUCAUCACCAUGAAACUGUAAGCAACUGCAUUGAUGAAGCCUUUAUACAAAGGAAAUUGUAUUAAUGCAGUGCUGGAGAGUAUACAAACCAGACGUAAGAUGAGCAGAUGAUGUCCUGAAAACCGAUUCUCUACAGAAAUAAAGCAUCACUUUAACAACGGCUACCCAAACGGAAACAUCGAUUUUGUUUAUGUAUAUAUUAUGUAUAUACAUUUAUAUAUACAUGUGUGUGUGUGGUGUGUGUGUGUGUGUAUAUAUGUGUGUGUAUGUAUGUGUGUGUAUGUAUAUAUAU